AUGGAAAGCUGCCUAGCCAAUGUGUGCUUCAAAACCUAUGGUUAUAUGAGCAUGGCUCAGGCUGUCUCCUUCCUCAGUGACUUCAAGCUAGGACAUUACAUGAAGAUUCCUCCAAGAUCAAUGUUUUUAGUUCAGAUCAUAGGAACAAUUCUGGCUGCAACCGUCAACCUCGCAGUGGCAGUGUGGUUGCUCGACUCUAUUAAGAACAUAUGCCAGGAUGAUCUCCUUCUCCCGGACAGUCCCUGGACAUGUCCCGGGGACCGGGUCUUCUUUGAUGCAUCUGUAAUUUGGGGUCUGGUAGGACCGAAACGGAUAUUUGGAACUCUGGGAAACUAUGCAGCGAUGAAUUGGUUCUUCCUUGGAGGUGCAGUAGGGCCAGUUAUUGUUUGGCUGCUUCAUAAGACAUUCCCUGGGCAAUCAUGGAUUCCCUUGAUUAACCUUCCAGUCCUCCUCGGAGCAACAGGAAUGAUGCCACCGGCAACACCCUUGAACUACAAUGCCUGGAUUAUAGUUGGAACAUUUUUCAAUUUCUACAUCUUCCGCUACCGAAAGCAAUGGUGGCAGAGGUACAAUUAUGUUCUUUCAGCAGCACUGGAUGCUGGGGUGGCUUUCAUGGGUGUGCUAUUGUACUUUUCACUGGGCUUGGAAAACAAAAAUGUGUCCUGGUGGGGUACUGGCGGUGAACAUUGUCCAUUAGCAACAUGUCCAACAGCCAAGGGCAUAGUGGUUGAUGGUUGUCCAGUGACCUAAUAUCUGUAUGCUUCUGUUAUAGAUCAUUUCCCUCUAAUGUUGCACAACAUAUUAGUAGCAAUUACAAUGAUACUACACACAAAGUGGAGGGAAUUUCAUGCUUUGUAGGGAUUUAUUUUUUUAUUUUUAUUUUUUUGAAAGAAUUGUAUGUGUCUAUAUUAUAAAUGGAUCAUUGACCAGGCAAUUGCUCUGUCAAUACAGUGUCUCAAAUGCAAGGGGGACCCUCUUCCAACCAUACAAUAUCAUUGGCUUGUGUAAGAGCCAAUUUUGCUAAUCUAUGAGCCAUCUUAUUCGCCUCACGAUUCACAUGCUCGACUUUCCACUUAGGGAUUGCAUUAAGACCAAGUCUAACAUCAUCAAUCAAAUGGCCUAAAAGGCUAUGAUUUUGGCCCCCAUCUUGAAUGGCAUCUGUUAUUUGCUUAGCAUCCCCUUCCACAAUCAGUUGUUGCACUCUUUGUUCCUGGCCAGAAAUGACACCAAAGUAGACAGCCAGUACCUCUGCAGCUCACUACAAAAAUUAUGGUCAUUAGCGGCGACUCCAAGUUGCCGCUAAUGAGGAAAAACUUGCCGCUAUUCACAAAUACCGGCGACUAGCGGCCGCUAUUUGGUGGUUGGUAGGAAGUGGACGGUGAAGCUAAAUAGCGGCGACUUUCAACGUUGCCGCUAUUUGUAUGUUAUUAGCGGCGACUUAGAGUUGCCGCUAAUACAUUUUUUUUUUGCCGGAAAAAAUGGUUCAAAAUGGUUCUAAGGUUGCCGCUAUUGUAUAUCAUUAGCGGCAACCUUAAAGUUGCCGCUAUUUGUAUGUCAUUAGCGGCGACGUAAACUUGCCGCUAAUGAUAUAAGAAAAUUAAAAAAAUUAAAAUAAAAAAAGUCAAUAGCGGCAACUUGGAGUUGCCGCUAUUGCUCUAUCAUUAGCGGCAACCCAUAGUUGCCGC